AUGGACGCGGCGGCUCUCACUGCUGUUGUCAAGGAGCUCAAUGAGGCGAACGCUGGCGGAAAGACUGAGGCUUCUCAAGAAGCUCAAGACCGACCUUCAGCCUACCGAGGAGCUCCUCCGUGUAUCGCCGUCGGCAAGUUGCGCCAGCACGCGACCCCCGCUGUGAGCGCGUUGGCAAAGGAGAUUGUCAAGCUGUGGAAAGACGCGGUCGAGGAGAGCAAGCGCAAGCGCAAGCGUGACGAGGACAAGGGAGAGGACAGCGUCAAGCGCGUCAAGGCCGAGGGUACUGCUGGCAGCAGCGCUGCUGCGUCCCCAGUCGCGAGCACUCCCGGUGCGGUCACUGCGGAUGGCAAGGACAGCAGCAAGCCCAACUCGAAGGGUCCCAAAAGCCCCGGCUCGCCCGCACCCCUGUCGACCAUCGUGACGCGUACCACCGCGCGCACGUCCAAGUCGGACGGAGUCGACAAGACGCUCCGUGCAGACAACACCGAUGCCGCCGCCGACACUGUCCGUGACAAGUGUGUGACCAUGAUCUACGACGCUCUGGCCAUCGACUCGAACGCCGCCGUCAAGGUCCUCUCGGAGCGUGCCGUCAGCAUUGAGAGCGAGGCGUUCAAGCUCCUGAACUACUCGACCGGCAACGACUACCGCGGAAAGAUCCGUUCGCUCUUCCUCAACCUCAAGGACAAGGGCAACCCUGGUCUCCGCAACGAGAUUGUUCUCGGCCAGAUUACCUCGGACAAGGUGGUCCGCAUGUCCAAAGAGGAAAUGGCGUCCGAGAGCGUCCGUAUGGCGGACGCCAAGAUCAAGGAGAACAACCUCUUCAAGGCCAAGGCCGUGGGCGAGAUCCAGGCCGAGACCGACGCGUUCAAGUGCGGUAAAUGCGGACAACGCAAGUGUACCUACUACCAGAUGCAAACCAGAAGCGCAGACGAACCUAUGACUACCUUCGUGACCUGCACAGUCUGCGGAACGCGUUGGAAAUUCUCGUAA